AUGUACUGGCAGUCACGUGAAAAGAGAGGACAACUAACAAUUGAUCUUGUAAGAAGAGCUGAAGCGUGCGGUUUUAGGGCUUUGGUACUAACAGUAGACGCACCAGUAUUUGGUCUCAGACGAGCCGAUAUAAGAAAUAAAUUUAAACUGCCCUCACAUUUAAAAUUAGGCAAUUUCGAGGGCCAAAAAUCCACAGAUAUUACCAUCGAACGUGAUUCCUCAGGGUUGACCGACUACGUAACAAAACAGUUUGAUGGAACCCUAACGUGGGAUGAUGUCAAGUGGUUAAUUAGUAUUACUAAACUGCCGGUUUUGGUAAAAGGUUUACUAACUGCUGAAGAUGCCAUAAAAGCAGUUGAAAUCGGAGUACAAGGCGUUGUGGUCUCUAAUCAUGGAGCGAGACAACUGGAUGGCGUGCCAGCUUCGAUAGAAGCUUUACCAGAAAUUGCUCGUGCUGUGGGUCAUAAAACAACUGUUAUUAUGGACGGAGGAAUUCGACAAGGAGAAGAUAUUUUCAAAGCACUUGCAUUAGGCGCAAAAAUGGUAUUUUUUGGACGUCCUGCUCUCUGGGGUCUUGCUCUCGGAGGACAAAAAGGAGUGGAAAACAUUCUGGGUAUUUUAAAAAAUGAAUUGGACGUAUCAAUGGCUAUUUCAGGUUGCAGAACUGUUGGUGAUAUAAAUAAAUCAUGCGUCGUCCAUGAAUCGUAUUAUAGUAAGCUUUAA